GGACUAGACUAAGUAAGGCAACCUCAAAACAAGACCGAUCGAGAACAGCGAUCAUGGUGGCUAAAGCCUUAGCACAGCUGAUAACAUGCAUCAUCUUCUUCUGCCACGUUGUAGCUUCUGUGGAGGACCUGACCAUACGCCAAGUCACGGCGGACGAGAGGCGAGUACGCCCGAAUCUUCUUGGGACUCACACCGAGAGUAAAUUCCGGAUUUUCAUGUCCGAUUACGGCAAGAACUACUCGACGAGUGAGGAGUACAUCCACCGCCUCGGAAUAUUUGCCAAAAACGUCCUCAAGGCGGCAGAGCACCAGAUGAUGGACCCCACCGCCGUCCACGGAGUCACGCAAUUCUCUGACCUCACGGAAGAGGAGUUCAAGCGGAUGUACACUGGAGUAGCCGAUGUUGGCGGCAGCCGUGGCCAUACGGUCGGAGCGGAGGCACCUAUGGUUGAGGUUGAUGGAUUGCCUGAAGAUUUUGACUGGAGGGAGAAAGGUGGAGUUACUGAGGUCAAGAAUCAAGGUGCAUGUGGAUCGUGCUGGGCUUUUAGCACAACAGGAGCAGCUGAAGGAGCCCAUUUCGUCUCCACCGGGAAGCUCCUCAGUCUUAGCGAGCAACAACUUGUCGAUUGUGAUCAAGCGUGCGAUCCAAAGGACAAGAAAGCGUGCGACAAUGGAUGUGGUGGGGGACUCAUGACAAAUGCCUAUGAGUAUUUGAUGGAGGCAGGUGGAUUAGAAGAAGAAAGAUCAUAUCCUUACACUGGUAAACGAGGCCAUUGCAAGAUCGAUCCUGAGAAGGUUGCGGUAAGAGUAGUGAACUUCACGACUAUACCACUGGAUGAGAACCAAAUCGCAGCAAAUUUAGUUCGACAUGGUCCCUUAGCAGUGGGAUUAAACGCGGUGUUCAUGCAAACGUAUAUAGGAGGAGUGUCGUGUCCGCUUAUAUGCAGCAAGAGAAAGGUUAACCACGGGGUACUUCUUGUUGGGUACGGAUCAAAAGGGUUUUCGAUCUUGCGGCUUAGUAAUAAACCCUAUUGGAUUAUCAAGAACUCGUGGGGGAAGAAGUGGGGAGAGAAUGGAUACUACAAGCUGUGUCGUGGCCAUGAUAUAUGUGGGAUUAACUCAAUGGUCUCUGCAGUAGCCACCCAAGUUUCGUCGUAGAUGGGUCUUGUCUUUUCGCUGCACUCUUGUUUUUUAAUCUAGGGUUUUAUCAUGUUUUAGGAGUGGAGUUGGGGGUUUAAAUAUUGGGUGUACCUUUCCGCGACCGUUGUCUUGUAGUAAACAAUGGAUGAUUUA